AUGAAACGAGAAUAUUAUUCAUCGUCACCACCUUCACCUUCAUCACCUUUUUCAAAUUCUGAAAUCUCUGAUGAACUUGAACCUGCACCAAAACGACCACGUUUUUUUCUUUCUUCUCAAACACCACCACCUGAUAACGAUGAUGAAGAUAUUACAGAGGAAGAAGAAGAAACAAUUACUGACGAAUCUAUAAUUCUAUUACUGAAUACUACUGAAGACAGUCAAAGUGAAGAUAAUGAUAUUAUUGAAAUUGAACAACAAAAUGAUAAUACUAUAGUGGUUGUUUCGGAUUCUGAUAAUGAUGAUGAUGACGAUGACGAUGAUGAUCAAGGAAUUGAUAUAACUGGUGAUAGUCUUCCAUCAGUACCUUCUAUAAUUGAUGAUUCUAUAUCUUCACCUGAUAUUGUCGAUGUUGAAAUUGUUCAAGAAGAACUUACGUUAAUGGAUGAUGAAGAAGAAGAACAACAAAUUAAUAGUGAAGAUGAUUAUGAAUUUCUCGAAUUUCUUGCUAUGAUCGAUGAAAAUACUAAUGAUAAUAAUAACAAUAAUAAUAAUAAUGAUAAUAGUGAAUUAAUCGAUUUGACUGAAGAUGAGCCACUUUCUGUUCCUUCUUCGCCUAUUCCAUCUGGACGUAAAUUAUCUGUUGAUGUACAGCAAUGUCCAAUUUGUCUCGAAACACUUUCUCAUUUACAACGUACAGGUGUUUAUUUAAUAAUCACUCGAUGUCGUCAUGUUAUGUGUACAUUAUGUAGUCGUCAAUUAUUAGCUAUAUCAUCUCGAUGUCCUCUAUGUCGAGAGGACGUAAGCUCAACAACACUUAUGCCAUAUUGUAUUCUUACUUAA